AUGUCGCACCGCUCCGGAAGCAAGUCUCCUGCCGAACUUCUACUUGGCAGACGAAUUCGCAAGUCGUUAGAGCUGCUUCGACCACCGACUUCGGCGCACAAACUCGAAAACUCCAAGCAAGAUCAGCAGUUUGAUCGGCGGCAUGGCGUGAAACCAAGAAACUACUUCCGUCAGGACCUCGUCUGGGCCAAAGUGUUCCGUAACAACAAGUGGCACUGGGAAGCAGGAGAAGUGCUCGAACGCAUUGGCAAGGUCAUGCACAACAGCUGGUUGCCUGGGAAGCAAACCAUGAUGAGGUUCCACUGCAAUCAGCUGCGAACACGUCAUUCCGAAAAUCAACUGCCUACGACCGAAUCAGCGAAAGCUACGUUAAGUAUCCUGUUGGACUCCUGGAACAAACAUAGUCCGCCACCCGAGCAGGAGGAGCGGCCUCCUCUCCUUCUCGAAGACAUCCUGCGAGAUAUGAUCCCUACCACCUUUUUCCCCCCACCGAUUAUAACACAACGGCUCGUCAACUGA